AUGAAAUCCAACCAAGAACGGAGCAACGAAUGCUUGCCUCCCAAAAAACGUGAGAUUCCUGCCACUAGCCGGCCAUCGGAGGAGAAGCCAGUGGUCGUGCCAAACGACAACCACAGGGCCGAGAGCUUAACAUGGCUCCCCAACACUCAGAGUGGACAAGGCAACAUGGGUGGGAGGCCUGGUCCCGGAGGGACCUCAACAGCAGAUCUUGGUUUACAGCAGGGAAUAGGUUUACACAAAUCACUGUCCACAGGGAUGGAUUAUUCUCCACCCAGUGCCCCCAGGUCUGUUCCAGCCACUACCACGCUCCCUGCGGUGUACCCUCCCCCGCAGUCAGGGACCCCAGUGUCCCCCGUGCAGUACACACACUUGCCGCACACUUUCCAGUUCAUUGGGUCCUCCCAGUACAGUGGGCCCUAUGCUGGCUUCAUCCCCUCCCAGCUGAUCUCCCCUACAGCCAAUCCUGCCACCAGUGGAGUGGCCUCCGCUUCCGUGGCCACCACUCCAUCACAGCGCUCUCAACUGGAGGCCUAUUCCACUCUGCUAGCCAACAUGGGCAGCUUGAGCCAGCAGCCAGGGCACAAGGUUGAGCAGCCACAGCAUUUGAUCAGGACUCCAGGGCUUAUCACGGCAGGGUCCCCACCACCCACGCAGCAGAACCAAUAUGUCCAUAUUUCCAGCUCUCCCCAAAGUGCUGGACGCACCAUGUCCCCUCCGGCCAUCCCAGUCCACCUGCAUCCCCAUCAGACGAUGAUCCCACACACACUUACCCUGGGGCCUUCCUCCCAGGUGGUGGUGCAAUACACAGACUCUGGUGGGCAUUUUGUUCCCCGGGAAUCCACUAAGAAGACUGAGAGCAGCAGGCUACAACAGGCCAUCCAGGCCAAGGAGAUGCUGAACGGUGAGAUGGAGAAAAGCCGGAGGUACGGCGUUCCCUCCUCUGCAGACCUGGGCUUAGUGAAGGCAAGUGGAAAGACGGCCUCUCACCACUAUGAAACCAGGCACGUCGUGGUCCACUCGAGCCCCGCUGACUACAGCACCCGUGAUUCCUCGGGGGCCCGGACCUCCGUGAUGGUCCUACCCAACAGCAACACCCCCACCACAGACAUGGAAGUCCAGCAGGUCACACACCGAGAAGCCUCCCCAUCCACCCUCAAUGACAAGAGCAGCCUCCACCUGGGGAAGCCCAGCCACCGGUCUUAUGCUCUGUCCCCGCAGCAGGCUCUGGGUCCUGAGGGUGUGAAGGCCACAGUGGCCACACUGUCACCACACACCGUCAUCCAGACCACCCACAGUGCUUCGGACCCCCUCCCAGUCGGACUUCCAGCCACAGCCUUCUAUGCAGGGACUCAGCCACCGGUCAUCGGCUACUUGAGCAGCCAACAGCAAGCAAUCAGUUACGCUGGCAACCUGCCGCAGCAUCUGGUGAUCCCCGGGACCCAGCCUCUGCUCAUCCCUGUGGGUGGCGCUGACAUGGAGCCAUCUGGGGUAGCCCCUGCAAUCGUUACUUCAUCUCCACAAUUUGCAGCAGUGCCUCAUACAUUUGUCACUACCACCAUUCCCAAGAGCGAGAACUUCAGCGCAGAGUCCCUGGCCACUCAGGCAGCCUACCCAGCCAUGGUGCAGGCCCAGAUCCACCUCCCCGUGGUCCAGUCCAUUGCAUCAUCCACAGCUGUUCCCCCAACAUUGCCCCCUUACUUCAUGAAAGGGUCAAUCAUCCAGUUGGCCAACGGAGAGCUGAAGAAGGUUGAGGACUUGAAAACAGAAGACUUCAUCCAGAGUGCUGAGAUUAGCAAUGACCUGAAAAUAGACUCCAGCACCGUAGAGAGGAUUGAAGAUAGCCCUACCCCAGGCAUUGCAGUAAUCCAGUUUGCAGUUGGAGAACAUCGAGCACAGGUCAGCGUUGAAGUCUUGGUAGAAUAUCCUUUUUUUGUAUUUGGACAAGGCUGGUCAUCAUGCUGCCCCGAGAGAACCAGCCAGCUCUUUGAUUUGCCAUGUUCCAAACUCUCAGUCGGGGAUGUCUGCAUCUCGCUCACCCUCAAAAACCUGAAGAAUGGCUCUGUUAAAAAGGGCCAGCCCAUGGAUUCAGCCAGCAUCUUGCUGAAGCACUCAAAGAACGACAGUCUAGUAGGAAGUAGACACAGGUAUGCCGAGCAGGAAAAUGGGAUUAAUCAGGGAAGUUCACAGAUGCUAGCAGAGAAUGGCGAACUAAAGUUUCCAGACAAAAUAGGAUUGCCUGCAGCACCCUUGCUCACCAAAACAGAACCCAGCAAGCCCGUGGCAACAAGGAAGAGGAGGUGGUCUGCACCCGAAACACGGAAACUAGAGAAAUCAGAUGAGGAGCCGCCUUUGACUCUUCCCAAGCCUUCUUUUAUUCCUCAGGAGGUUAAGAUUUGCAUUGAAGGUCGAUCUAAUGUAGGCAAGUAAAGGC